CUGGGGCGAUUAGGAGAGCACGUGAGCAUCCAACCCUUUCUUCCAGCUCUCUUUUAUCUUAGGGGUUGGUAGGUGCGGGGACAGCCCGGGGUCGGUGUAUGGCCACGGAGUUACGGUGUCCGGACUCCAUGCCCUGUCGCAACCAACAAGUAAACUCUGCCUCUACCCCAAGCCCCGAGCCGCCGCGACCUGGCGACCUGAUCCCGGAUAAUGUCGGGGGAAACAGCGUCUCCAAGGCCAAGCCGACUCCCCUCACCAGUCGUGCCCAUUCUAGCGUUUCGGGGGAAGGGAGCCCUCAGGCCUGCGGUGCCGCCAGCCUCAACUCUGAGAGCAGCCAUGGCAGUGGCGACUACGACGCGUCGUCAGGCGACUCCCUCCCAAGGGACUUCCAACUCUCCUGGCAGAUUGGGGCUCAGCUUAAGCUGCUACCCAUGAAUGAGCAGAUCCGGGAGCUGCAGACCAUCAUCCGGGACAAGACAGCCAGUAGAGGGGACUUCAUGUUUUCUGCGGAUCGUUUGAUCAGACUUGUUGUGGAAGAGGGAUUGAAUCAGCUGCCAUAUAAAGAAUGCAUGGUGACAACUCCAACAGGGUACAAAUAUGAAGGAGUGAAAUUUGAGAAGGGAAACUGUGGCGUCAGCAUAAUGAGAAGCGGUGAGGCGAUGGAACAAGGUUUACGAGAUUGUUGUCGAUCCAUACGUAUUGGAAAGAUCCUGAUUCAGAGUGAUGAGGAGACACAGAGAGCCAAAGUAUAUUAUGCUAAGUUCCCUCCAGACAUUUAUAGGAGAAAAGUCCUUCUGAUGUACCCAAUUCUCAGCACUGGAAAUACUGUAAUUGAAGCUGUAAAGGUUCUUAUAGAACAUGGAGUUCAACCCAGUGUUAUCAUCCUACUCAGUCUGUUCUCCACUCCUCGUGGUGCCAAAUCAAUCAUUCAAGAGUUCCCAGAGAUCACAAUUUUAACUACUGAAGUUCAUCCUGUUGCACCUACACAUUUUGGACAAAAAUACUUUGGAACAGACUAAGUUAUUAAAGGAAAAUUAAUUAUCUUGUGUAAUGUUACAGUUAUAUUUUGAAAUUCUAUUUGUUUUACUGAUUCACUUAAGGACUGGCAGAGAAAAUUGUGUUAAAGAUGCUUUGUAACUUUUGGAAGAGGGUAUAGUAAAAAGAAAAUGUUUGAGGUUUAUUUAUUUUAUUUGGUUAUUUUUUGACUGUUGGCACCAAAUUCAACAAUGAAGCACACAACUCUUAGAAAAUAUUUUAAUAAUAUCUUAUUCCAAUUGCUGAUCCCUCAUUACAUUGAAACUGUCCCCUAAUUUAUGAACCUGUCUUUCAGCCACAAAUAAACCCAAAUGGGGCUAAGUUAUUUGGCCCACUGUAGUUUGCAUUUUGUGUAGUUUGCUUUAAGUUCUAGGGAGUUUUCAUUUAUGUGACUGUUUUCACCUUCCUCUACUAUUUACUUCCUAGUACUAUACAUUCUGGUAACUUAAUAUCCUCACUCAAUUGGCAGACCCAGGAUAUAUAUAAAUUAUAUGUAGCUUUUCAGUCAAGCUAUUAUGUUCUUCCUGACUCAUUUCCUACUCUGUAUAGUGCUGGUGGGUGCCUUACCAAGUGUAAUGCAGUGGGGGAAAAAAUAGGGCAUUUCCUGCAACUGGAACUGUAACAUUAACUUACAUAGGUCAAACUAGGGAUGUCUGGAUGCAGACAAGGGAGGGCUAAGUACUGUUAAUGCCAUCAAUGUCCUAGAAAGAGUUGGGGGAGGAAAGCCUGGUUUCUUGCUGGGUUUUAUGGCCAAAAAUUAAAUUAAAAUGCUUGAUUUUUAAUUUGCAUGUUUCUACUAGAGGCUUUUGAUUUGGAAGUUAGUUUUUUUUGCAUAUUUGUCAACUGUAGACAAAUUAACAUGGGGAAGAUACCAUGGUAUUUUUUAAAAUCCCUAAACUUUAUGUAUUCAUAUUUAGGUUUCUGAAAGGAAGAUAAACCUUUUUCAAAAUCGGUGUUUCUGUUUUGAAAUUUGCUUGUGAAACUGUGGUCUCAUUUUACAUUGAUAUUAAAAUAUUUUAACAGUG